CAAAGACCAGCGUGCAGUCACAGCCUCUCCUCCACGCUGUGAGUGCGCACACAUCGCCCGCUCUUGGUUUGGAACUACAUCGCCUUGAAUCUGCAACACUUUUUCUGAGCGUCUUUUCGUGGCCGAUCGUUAACUACUGUGUGGCCGAUUCCAUAAGAUUGCCCCCUUCUCUCUCUCUCUCCCCCCCCCUCCUCAAAAAAGCCCCCCACCCUCCACACCAGGACCCGUGAACACUUGGAAGCUGUGCGGGAGUGGUCCGGGAACUUCAUUUUUUUUUUUUUUUUGUUGCCAUAAUGAGCAGGCAAACGGUCAACCUUGACACCUACAGCCUGUCGCUGCUCACGGCCAAAGAGGACAUUCUCAACCCCCGCUCCUCCACCAACUGGGCAUUAUUUACAUAUGAAGGGGUUACCAACAAGCUCAAACUGGCCGACUCAGGAGCGGGCGGUGUGGCAGAACUGGCAGAAAAGUUUCACAUGUCUAAGCCUCAAUAUGGACUGUGUAAAGUGGGAGGAAUGGAUGGAGGAGCUCUUCGGAUUGCUUUGAUAAGCUGGGUCGGCCAAAAUGUGGAUGACUACAGGAAAAAUGAGUGUGCCAGCCACAUUCCAGCCAUCAAACACUUCUUUAAGGAAGCACAUGCUUUCAUUAGUGCAGAAAAGCCAGAGGAUGUGACAGAGGACAGGGUAAGAGCUGAGCUGAGCAAGACUCAAACUCAGGCUCCCACACAGUGGGUGAGGAGGAGCUCCAGGUCUGCGGACAAGGAGGAACUUGUUGGUACCAACUACAGAAAAACUAAUGCCGCGAUGGAGAUGAGACUAAUUAACAGAGACUCCUUCUGGGCACGUGCUGAACGAGAAGAGGAAGCGCGCAAAGAUGAGGAAAAGAGAAGGGCGACGGAGGAGAGACGGCGCCUUGAAAGAGAGAGAAUUCUGAAGGAGCGAAGGGAUGCGGAGGAGAGAGACAGAAAAAUGAACGAAAAACUUCAGAUGAUUGAGGAGCAGAGACAAAAACAAAGAGCAGAAGAAGAAGAGCUACGCAAGAAGGAGAAGUUGAGAUGGGAGCUGCAGCAAAGAGAGCAUGAAGAGGAUAUGAGGGCUCGUCUUAGACGGAGUGAAUCCAUAGAGAAAGCAGCUGAGGCAGCAGCAUUAGUGUCCCAGCGCUCAGUGAACCCCAGAGAGUUUUUCAGACAACUGUCAUCAUCAUCAUCACAGAGCCCCACCAGUCCUGGAUCUUCCCGCAGUGGAAAACCGUUUAGACGAUACCAGCGCAGUCUGACAGAUACAGCUUUCAUCUUCUCAAAAGCAGAAGAAAGCGCAGCGUCUUCUCCGUACACUUCUCCGUUGGUCUCCCCCUUUUCAAGAGCUCCUCACUCUCCCGUUUUCCGGGCCGUGUCUCCCCCGAGGAGCCCAGAUUUUUACCCAGUCGCCUCCCCGCAGAAGCCCAGAGCCCCCAUGUCUCCGCCCACCUCACCCAUCCGGCCUGCCCCCCCAGUUUCAGCUCUGCCCAGUAUUCCACAGAGUACCAACCGGUUUCAGGCCGUGGCCGAGCCCGAGGCUUCAGAACCGACAGAACCGUCUGCUCCUCCUGCUUCCCCGAGUCUCUUAGAUUCUUUGCCUCCAACUGUGAUAGAUGAAAACAUCGCUCAGCUGCUUUCAGAGGCAGAGCAGCAACCUUUAAACUUUGAGCCUUUGCAGUUUUUAACAGACAUUCCUGAUCCGAACACAGAAUUCAACACACCAAGCCUCGGCAACACCAAGCUGGUCUCAGACACUGGCUUCAAAGUGCAAGCGGUGCUGGUGGAAGCAGAUGAGGAAGAGGAACUACAGGAGGAGCAGGAGGGAGAUGAAGCUGAAGCACAACCAGAGGUGGAUUUUGUCACCGCUGAACCAGACCGGAUUGAGACAAAGGAGGUGGAUAAAGAAGAGAUGCAAGAGGUGAAGGAAGACGAGAAGGAGGAGCAAAACGAGUUGGACAAGGAGGAAGAGCACGAAGAAGAGGGUAAGGGUAGAGAACCUGAGGAAGAGAAGAAGGAAGAGAAGUAUGAGGAGGAGGAUAUGGAAGAGCAGCAUGAGGAGGAGGAUAACAAGAAGGAACUGGAGGAGGACGAGGAGGAGGUGGGAUCAAAACAGGAAACUGACCCUUCAUCACCAGCAGAACCAGCAGAGAUGCCACAGGUUGAAGAGGAGGCAGAGGAAGCCGAAGAAGGGAACAAUUAUUCAGGAUACAGCCAGACUCUUGCUGAGCCUGCUGAGUUUUCCGAGGAAGAGGAGGAGUCAGUAUGCACAGAUUUUUCCUAUGUCGUUAUCAAAGAUCCUGAACCAACUCGUCAAGAUCUCAAGCAUGAGACUCUACUUCCAUCAACCAAUGGGAUGACAAACGGUGACGGCACAGAGGAACAAAAUGGCACAGUGAGGUCCUUGAGUCCAACAGACACAGACGGCAGCACCUCUGAGUCUUCUGUCUGCUACAGAGUUCACACAACCACAGAAGAUGGAGACAUCACUGAGGAUAGAGAGCAGCAGAUCUCUGAAAAUGGACAAGAGGAUUUAGCCGACCGACAUAUGUGCGUCCGAGCUCUGUAUGACUACCAGGCAGAGGACGAAUCCGAGAUCUCCUUUGAACCCGGUGACAUCAUCAGGGACGUGGAGACAGUGGACAAAGCCUGGUGGAGGGGGUGGAGCAAAGACGGCCGUCAGGGUUUAUUCCCCGCUAAUUACGUGGAAACCAUAUAGGCAGACAGAGGCACACUAUACACCUACACACACACACGCAUACACACUUUCACACAUACAUGCACACAUACACUCAGGGACACCUUCUCUUCUCUUGUUUCUGCAUGUUUUUACCUUAAUCCUCCCACUGAAACUUUAUGCUCUCUUUUCUGUAGGAAGAAUAAAGAAACACGAGACUCCUUGUUCUGAAGAAAGCAUAAAGAAAAGUGUAACUCUUUUAUUUUGAUGGGGUUUUUUUGGAGAACAACAUAGUAUGCAGAAAUUACCUAGUCUUAUUUCGUAUGGAUAAAAUAGUAAAGACCUUUCCCUGGACCAAAAUAACUUAUUUUCUUUUGAGAAGCAGUGGAAAUGUAAGUCUGGGGGAGAAAUAUGGGGGCGCAGAUGAUGGGAAACUUGGUUUGCUUCUUAGUAACACAAACAUGUUUUAACUGCAGUGCUCCUGUUUGAUCCACACGUAUAACAAGCAUACCUCUGCUCACCAUUCGCAUCCAUAUACCAGGUAUCAUCUCUGUAAUCAUCAUCCUGCGUCUCUUCCAUUAUUUUGGAGCUCUGCAUUUUCCUACUGAUGUUCUCACAUCACAGGUUAAUUUACCAAACCAGAGCAAGAAACAAAACAAAUGAUGAAAAAUCAGCAGAAAAUGAUGUUGAACUUCACUCCUGAUGUUGACAAACUAUUUUUUUUAUAUAUGUAUAUGGGUUGUAUGUUGACGUAUGUCUCAUUUCCUAGUUUUUAACAAUUGCUUGCAUUUUUUUAAACACAAUCUGACUCAACAAUUCAACAGAGUGUAUAUAAGAAUGUAUAAAAAAAAACAUCAAUGAUUCUGUCCUUUUCAAUUUUUAGGUCAUAUAUUUCUAAGUUCUUAUUUUAAUGGUAUCUCUUUAUUAUGUACUCCUAACUUUCAAAUAUACAGCCUUUAUGCACUUAAACUACUUCAGAAUGUUUCUGUUUGUUUUUAUUCUUACAUGUAAUGCUUUAAAAAAAGAAAAAAAAAACAAGCUACAUCUGCCCUUGAUCUCAUCCUUUUGCGUAAAGUCAUUUCAUUUUUAAUAUUUUAUAUUCUAUUAUGCUCAUUUUAAGCAUCAACACAGUCUGCACUUCUUUAUAAGAAAAAUAACAUAUUUUUUCUAGUGUUACAACAAAAGCCCUCUCUAGUAUUUGGUAUUUAGCAUUAGGUUUAAUAAAAUUAACUGCAACAUAGAUAAAUACAGGAGAUACUUGGAUAAAUAAAUUACUUUUGAAUUUAAUAUGAACUGAAUUAGAAACUUCACCAAACCAAAGAAGCAUCAAAACAAAGUAUUUUGCUAGAAACAAGAUGAAUAAGAAUGCCUUAAUAAUGUUGUAUAGCUAAUACAUGUCUAACUUUGCCUUUAUUUAGCUUUUAUAAUUUACUGCAGACAUUUGAUAUUUUUCUUCAAGUGUUAUAUUGCAGAAAUCCUGUAUGUAAUGUUUACCAUUAAAUAUGAACACAUGAAUUAAACUUCUGUCACAGUU